AUGAAUGAAUUCCGCCCUCGUCAGCUUGCUGCUCACAACCUUUCCACCUUCCGCCGUCAGCCAUUAGCUGAAAUAUCCGGCUCCCUCGGCGACUUAGGAACUUUCCUACCCAUUGUCAUUGCCCUUGCGGAAGGACAUCAGAUAUCUUUGACAACGACUCUGAUCGUUACUGGUGUCUACAAUGUUCUCACAGGUGCCGUAUUUGGCAUUCCGCUGCCCGUCCAACCCAUGAAAGCCAUCGCUGCCGUGGCUAUCCUCAGAUCGCUCACCGCCGGACAGACGGCGGCGGCAGGUAUCUUCGUUUCUAGUUGCACAUUGCUCUUUAGCAUGACGGGCCUUCUUUCUUGGUUCACGAGAGUCAUUCCAAUUCCAGUGGUCAAGGGUAUCCAAGUAGGAGCCGGCCUGAGCUUGAUCGUAGCCGCCGGAAGCAAGGCGCUCUCAUCUCUCUCAUGGACCACACCCUCAUGGGCAGAUAACUAUCUCUGGAUGACAGCGGCUUUCGUUGUUCUGUUUGCUAUUAAUCUUCAACCUCGAGUACCGUAUGCACUCAUUCUGUUCCUCAUUGGAAUCGUCUUCGCGAUGAUCCAAAUCACCGCCGACAAACACCAUCACCCUCCAGGCUUCGAGAUAUGGCACCCUUACAUCCUUGUACCCUCCGUCAAGGAAUGGAAAACCGGCAUCCUCGAGGCUGGGGUGGGUCAGCUGCCUCUGACGACCCUGAACUCCAUUAUUGCCGUCGCUCACCUCGCUGCUGAUAUCCUCCCUGAAAUUGAGACGCCGUCGGUCACUGCAAUCGGAUUUAGCGUUGCCGGAAUGAACCUUUUGGGAUGUUGGUUUGGAGCCAUGCCAGUCUGUCACGGAUCCGGCGGCUUAGCAGCGCAAUAUCGCUUUGGUGCUCGGUCGGGGGCCAGCAUCAUUUUUCUCGGCCUUCUCAAGCUCGUUUUGGGCAUCUUAUUCGGAGAAAGCCUUACUGACCUCCUCCACAAGUUCCCUUUCGCGCUGCUGUCAGUCAUGAUCAUCGCCGCCGGUUUGGAACUAGCCAGUGUGGGAGAAAGCUUGAAUACAACAAGGGCAAGAGAUUUGAGUAAAAGGGGCAAUCAUCCAGGACAUGUGGUUCCAAUCACAGACGAGGAGAGGAAGAGAAGAUGGACCGUUAUGUUCGUGACAGCGGGAUUGCUCGUUGCAUUCAAGAAUGACGCUAUCGGCUUCUUGGCGGGCAUGUGCUGUCAUUGGAGCUAUCAGCUACCUCACUCCCUUGCCCGGCUGAAACAAAGGAUUUCUAGGAUGCGGAAUCCACUUGAGGAUGGUGGAGAGCACCAAGCACUUCUGUCUCGCUGA